AAGAACUGACAAUGUGCAGUAUAAACGGUUAAACCAGUGCCAAAUAGUGAUUUAUUACGUUUAUGCUAGCACGCUAGCAAAUGAGUGAUACGUUACAUCGUGUAGUGAAGUGAUAUAGUGGCGAUGAGUUUCCUGACGUCACUGGGCCAGUACGUGGCGGGCGUGGCGGACAGCGUGGCCGGGCUGGCGUUGUCGCCGCGCCGCGCGCCGCCGUCGCGCCACCGCUCCGCCGAGGAGACGGCGCAGCCACCGCCGCAGCCUUCCACGGCUACUAUGAGGGGUUUUCCUCGAGUGGUGCCAACGGAGGGUGCGUCGGCGCUGAGCUCGCGGCGUCGCACGCUGGACUGCUUGGCCCCAGCAGCGCCGGUCCGCCGCGGCGGGUCGCUGCGCGUGCCCCGCCAGCCGCCGCCGCCGGAGAAGCCCACCAUGGCCUUCUGCAAGAGGCGGCUCUCGUGGCCUGAAGUAGAUAGCUCAGUGAAUUCCGGGGUAAAAGAAACAGACGGUUCCUACUUCGAGGCGUUCACGGCACUAUCGUGGAGGCAAGAGAACCGUCGGUUGGCGGCGUUACGGCUCGCCGAGGCGCGUGCCGAACGGCCGCCGCCAGCGCCGCACGAGCUCGGCCUGCCCAGCGUGUCAGCCCAACUGUCUCAUAAGGAGCAUGAGCAUCUUUAUACAGAGGUCUUGUAUUGCAUUGAGAAUGCAGUGGGAGCGCCGGCCCCGGACGGGCAGUUCGCGGCCUACAAGGAAGACAUGGUGGAGUAUGCUCGGCGCGCGUUUAGGGUCGCGCCUGAGGUGCAUGCUCGCGCGAUCAUGGCGGCCGGCAGCGAGCGCCCGCCCACGGUCGUACUCGGCUGCACGGUCAUCGAAGCGGAUGGCUUGGAGGCCAAAGAUGCAAACGGGUUCAGCGACCCGUACUGCAUGCUGGGCAUCCAGCCGGCGUCCCUGCCAGCAUCCCCGCGCGCCUCCGAGGACGAGGGCCGCAAGCACGGGUUUCGGCUCAGCUUCAAGCGCCGCGACGGACGUCAGCAGCGCGACAGCCUGGGCCGGCUGCCCGCGAGAUACAUCAGGGCCACUAGCGUGAGGCCGCACACGCUGUCGCCUAAAUGGAAUGAGAGCUUUAAAUUUGAUAUAGACGACAUUUCAUCGGACGUCCUCCACCUGGACAUCUGGGACCACGACGAUGAGAGCUCGGUGCUGGACGCGGUGUCGCGACUCAACGAGGUGCGCGGCGUCCGCGGGCUCGGCCGCUUCUUCAAGCAGGUCUGCCAGAGCGCGCGUCAGGGCAGCCAGGAUGAUUUCUUAGGGUGCGUGAACAUUCCGCUUCGCGAGAUCCCGUCUACGGGCGUCGAGGCGUGGUACAAGCUAGAGGCUCGCUCGCAGCGCUCCUCGGUCCAGGGACGCAUCAGGCUUCGGUUGUGGCUGUCGGCGCGAGAGGCAGGCAGACAUGACGACGACAACUGGCAACAGGUCCGCCAACAUGAGCGUCUGUUUGGAGUUCUACUGGCCAACGAGGUGGAUUCGGCGAGCGGCGGGCCGAGCGGUGCCGAGAGCGAAUGCCCGGCGAUGUGGGAGGGCGAGCUGUGCGGAGCGGCGCAGACGCUCCUGCAUCAACACGCCGUUCAGAGCGACAUGAGCACUCUUCAGGCGGCGAUAGCGCGUUUCGCUGCUGCUUGCAGGCUCAACAGCGAUGCACCGCUAGAUCCCAAAUACAUGUACAAGCUCCUAACCGAGCUAGAACGUACUUGGUGCGCGUCAGAGGGGAUGCCCCUGCGAGCUGAGGCGUGCCCCGGCGCGGGCGGCUCGUGCGCCUCGCGGGACGAGGAGCGCUGGCUCGCAGACUGCUUCGGCGAGUUCGUCGAGCGCGCACUGCACCAGCUGCGACUGCACCGCGACUUGUACCCUGUGCUACACCACCAGAGUCUUAACAAGCUGGAAUUCCUCCUACGGUGUCUCAGCCAGCUAUCGCAGAUGAAGGCCUUCUGGCGGUGCUGUCCCUUUAAUAAGGAAAUAAGGAGUGAGAUCGUCGGGUCGCUGCGUAAAGGUACCUCCGAGUGGUAUGAGGCGUUAUGCGCGCAGGAUACGGAGUCCGAGCGCGGCGAGGAUUUGGUGAACUUGAUCACGCUUGUCCAAAUUGAUUUGCAACAAGGACUCACCUACUACCAUCCGCUGUUUGAGACAACCAACAAUGUCCCCUACUUCAACGUAGUCUUCACACAGAUUGAUAAGAUGUUGUCUGAAGAUGUCCGGCAGUGCGUGGAGCUCUGGGUAAACGAGGGCUGGUGUGGCGUGGCCGAGGAGGAAAUAUACGAUGAACAGGGAAACGGAGUAUGCGUGGUAUCAGCGAAGACGUUGCCGUUCGAGGUGCUGGCGGCGGUGCGAGAGCUGUGCGCCGCAGCGGCACCCGCGCCGCCUACGCAUCCCUCGCAUCCACACGACGCACCCGCGCAACUGCUGGACGCAUAUCUGUGGUUCGAGCCUCUGAUCGAUCGCUGGCUGGCCGUGACCAAAACGAUGGCGCUGCAGCGGGUGCGUGCGGCCGUCGAGCUCGACCGGCUGGUGGAAGGCGAGCACAUUGUGAAGCACAGCACGUCCUCGGUGGACACCGCCGCAUGCCUUUACUACAUGCGACUAGUGUGGCGAGGGAUCGGCUCGGUAGAGGAAGGCACAGUGGGCGGCAGUAUGCGAUUGCUCGAAGCCGCGUGCGCCACUGCGUUGCACUACGCCGACUUGGUGCACGGCGCGCUUGCAGACCAGGGCUACUAUGACAACCACGGUCAAAACAAAACGACGGAGGAGAUAUGCACAAUCGUGAACAACUUGGAGUACGUGCGGCGCUCGUUAGCCGAGUACGACGAUGAACACAUGGCAAACGACGAAAGCGCGCGUCAGCUAGUGCGCGGGGCGCUUGGCACGUUGGACGCCCGCGCGGCGCGCGCCGCGGCGCCGCUCGCUACACGCGCUCGACCGCCUCUUCGCAAGGCGGUCUUCCACCUCGCCUGGUCACCGGAUACUCUGCCUACGCCGCAGGCCAUAACCCCACUGUUGGAGUUCCUGGACCAGCAUCUCUCGUCACUAAACACGUGGCUGUUGCCGCGCGCAUUCAUCCGAGCCCUGGCCGGCUGCUGGAGCGCCGUACUGAAGGAGGUGUCAUCUCAGGCUGACGCCGGUGGCGCCGAAAGACCGAGGGUUUACCAUUCUAGACUGCGGGAAGCGUUAGACUUGCUAGCAGAGUUUUUCCACGCUGAAGGAAAAGGUUUACCGAUGUCGGAAGUUCACAACGCAGAUUGGGGACGAGUAGAACAAAGAAUGCAGUACCAUCAAGCUCCGACUGAUGAGCUGCUUGAGCUCUGGCUUGCAGAUAGGCUUUUAGAACAGAUUCGGACACCACUGCCGUCGCCUUACGGAUCAAUAUUAGUCAGGGUAUACUUCAAUCACGACUCAUUGUCGGUAGAAGUGCUAUCGGCUCGUGAUGUCAUACCAUUGGACCCCAAUGGCCUGAGCGACCCAUUCGUCGUUCUAGAACUGGUGCCUAAACGACUUUUCCCGAAAGCUCACGAACAAACUACUAAUGUUCAAAAGAAAACCCUGAAUCCAAUAUGGGACGAGUGUUUCGAGUUCGCGGUGUCGCUGGACUCGUGUCGGUCGCCUAAGGCGGCUCUGGCUUUGUCCGUGUGGGAUCGCGACGUGCUCACCGCUGACGACUUUGCCGGCGAAGCCUACGUGUCCCUCUCGCGGAUUCCUGGAGUCAAUAGCAAUGCUCCCCCUGACCCGCUGCGUCCCAUUGAGCUGCCUCUCAUGCAACUACAUGAUAGAAAUCAUCCUAUAUUGCAAAUUUUGGAAUCACGUACCACGGACAAGGUUGCUAUAGACUUCGUCAAAAAACAAAAAUUACGAUUUGCAGAACAAUAAAAUAAUAUGAAAACAAUGUCAAUAUUAUUUUGUUAUUUACUAAAUGAAGUUAAUUUUAUUGAAAUUUCUAUUGACGCACAACGUCCAUUAUAUAAUGUCGACAAUAUAUUAAGAAUAUUUUACAAAUUUUCAAUACUUAUGAGAUCAUAUUUAUUUAUUUAUAUAAAUAUUUAUAGAUUAGGGGAAACAAAUGGUGGGUUGUAUUUUAAUACGUCUAGUUAACUGAUUUCUAGACUUUUUUUAGUUGCAGCUUGAUAUUUAAAAGUUUACUACUUAUGAGAAAUGUUGUUAUUACUUUAAUAACAUACGUAUGUAACAGUGGUUGAUUUAAAACCCAAAGAAAAAUGGUAUUCUGCGCUUUGCUUCCAAGUAUGUGUUGUAACGAUUGCCCCAGAUAUUUGCCAAAAUUGUAUUUUUCUUUUUCUCAUUCUUAUUUCGUUCCUACUUAUACAGAGAUGUCGAGCGCAUCAGUAUUUAAUUAAUGUAUUAUAUACCUACUUACUACAAAGACUGUAAAUCUUCAUUCACGAGAGAAUUUUAUUGUGUACGUGUACCUAUAAUUAGUAUGCACCCUCGGAGCUUAUGUCCCUAGUCGUAGUCUCUAUUAGAAUUCCUGACCAAGUAUUUUAAGACUCGUCGUUAGACAUUUCACUAUCUGUUCUUUAUAUAUACCCGCUUUAUACUUAGGGCAUACUGAAAAUUCCUGGUCUGGUCACUUAGAAAAAAUAAGUCGUCUCAUAUAUGUAUCACAAUCCAGAAACUUUCAGUAUGGCCCACGUAUUAGGUACAUCUACAAUGAACACUACAGGCACUUCUUGUUAUUAUACACAAACUGCACUGAGCUUGAUACGCAUAAUCGUGGCUUCCUUCCAUAUUUGGUCACUUAAAAUAUCUAUUUUAUUACGCACUUUUACUCUUACGUGAACCAUUCUCCAAAUACGUAUGAAAAGAUUUUGAACAAACUCCGCUUACUUAAUUAAUUAUAAAUAUAGAUGGUCAAGCAAAUAUUGUCAGUAGAAAGGCGGCAAAUUUAAGAAAUGUAGGCGCGAAGGGUUAUCAACCCAUAGAAAAUUUGAUAUUCGCGGCUUUUUCUACUAACAAGAUUUGCUUGACCAUCUAUACCUCCACAUGAUCCACGCAAAAAAGAGCUUUGUGUCACACGUAAAAUAUCUAUCCGUCAUCGUAAUCUAUAAAAAUGAUUAUUUACAUUGUCUCGACGACUGAUUUUCAUCGUUAGUGUAAUUAUUGUAUGAAGUUAUUCAAAAUUUUAUAACUAUAUGUGAAAAUUGUUUAUUGCGUAUGUAUACAAGUAUACCUAUUGUUAUUAUAGAAGAAAGUGUAUUGAUGUGUACUAUAACAUAGAGAAUAAUAAAAUUCAUAUUGAUUAUACCUAUACUAUUUAACAAAGGAAUAGUUUUACGUCACAUUAACAAGGAUCUAUAUCGUGUCAGACUACUCAGUGUGUAGAAAAUGUGUUACCUAAUACAUGUGCUUAGCUGUGAAACUUACCUUAGUUAUAAUAAAAAAGGUAGGUAUAUUAUAUCCAAUAUUUUCUUACUUCAAGAUAAUUUAACGACGAAUUUGAAAUAACCAACAAAUACAGACAUUUUAAGAUGAUUUUUUACAAAUAAAUCAUCAACGCCUUUUUCAUGGUUGGAUCUUGCUAAUACGAUACCUAUUUAAUAACUCUAAUAAAGCAUUAGAAUGUCGACAUAUCCAAACAACCAAAAACCAUAUCACUGAGCUUUUAAUCACGCAUUUGUAUCUUUGUAAGAAACAGAAAAUGUAUUAUUAAAUCAAAUUUUACAACUUUUGAAUAAAAUCAAGACCAUUCCAUGAGUCAAUUAUUUAAAAAUAGGCUUUUCGAAGUAACGUUCUUUUACAUUGAGCAAACAUAUUUUGGAUCAAAUUUUCUCGCCACAGUGAGCUAAGCUUGUAUGUACCUACAUGAAUGAGGUUUUUUUGUGUAGCUCUUGCCAAAUGUUUAAAGGGUCUGGUUGUUAGCGAAAAUGGAAAGUUAUAAUAGGCUCAUUACUCGAGUACCAUAAAUACUGAUCUGGGAAAAGUUGUGCCAACAGGAACACGCGUCCAGGAUUUUUUGUUGUUCAAACAUACCCCCAAUUAUAUUCACAAAGGACAGUUGCUUUAUGACAAGAAACUUGUAAAAUGCGUUAUCAACGACAAAUUAAAAAUAAAUGUUCAAAUAAUCCUCAGGGAUCUCAUAAUGUAUUUAAC